GUUUGAAGUUCAGGUUCGGAUCAUGGGGAACACUCGGGAUGAUUUUGAGUGGGUUUACACGGAACAGCCGCACUACAGCCGCAGGAACAUUAUAUUGGGCCCCCGAUUGUCCAGGAUAAUAUUUGAAGACCUCCCAGAGACUGCCAGUUUUUAUGUUGUAUGCCUACAUACGAUUUUAGAUUAAUAAGUCAUCUUGUGGACCCCUUAGAAGUCUGCUGAGGCCCUGGUUGAGAACCACUGGUCCAAACACCCUGAGAUCAAGACUCUGAUGGGUCCUGACCCGCAGCUCAAGUGGGUGGUGACGGCGAUGGUUCUGACCCAGCUGCUGUGCUGCUUCCUGGUGAAGGAUCUGAGCUGGAAGUGGCUCAUUUUCUGGGCAUAUGUGUUCGGAGGCUGCAUCAAUCACUCCCUCACACUCGCCAUACAUGACAUCUCUCAUAACGUGGCCUUCGGCAAUAAGGACGCGCUGCGCAACCGGCUCUUUGGCAUUUUCGCCAACCUGCCCGUUGGUGUGCCGUACUCCAUCAGCUUUAAGAAAUAUCACAUGGAUCAUCACCGUUAUUUGGGGGGCGACAGGCUGGACGUGGACAUUCCGACCCGGUUAGAGGGUCAGUUUUUCAGCUCUCCCUUUAGAAAGGUGCUAUGGCUCAUUCUGCAGCCGCUCCUCUACGCGUUACGCCCGCUGCUGGUGAACCCGAAGCCCUGGACGCGCCUGGAGAUACUCAACGCUGCUGUCCAGCUGCUGUUUGAUGCUGUGCUGGUGUGGCUGUGGGGAAUAAAGCCGCUCGUGUACUUGCUGUCCGGUUCAGUACUGUGUAUGGGGCUACAUCCCAUCUCAGGUCAUUUUGUAGCAGAACAUUACAUGUACCUCAAAGGCUUCGAGACCUACUCUUAUUACGGGCCUCUCAAUUACAUCACAUUUAAUGUGGGCUAUCAUAUGGAGCACCACGACUUUCCCAGUAUACCCGGGAGUCGACUCCCUCAGGUGAGGAAAAUGGCUCCAGAGUUUUAUGAGAAUCUUCCGCAGCACGACUCAUGGACUCGCGUCCUGUGGGACUUUGUGUUUUGUGAGGUGUUGGGGCCGUACUCCAGAGUCAAGAGAAGAUUAACAACAGACAAGGAGAAAUAGAGACCACCUGAAAUCAGCUCGAAAUAAUCACAGCAAUCGGACUGAGUUCUCUGUUCACACAUAAAAUCACACAUUGUCUUAAAUUACACAGAUACACAGCAUACGCACACACAGACUCACACACACACACACACACACACACUCAUGUUGGUGCAGCUAUCAUUAUGAGGACUCUCCAUAGACAUAAUGAUUUUAUACUGUAUGAACUAUAGAUUCUAUCCCCUAACCCUAACCCUACCCCUAAACCUAACCCUCACAAAAAACUUUCUGCAUUUUUACAUUUUCAAUAAAACAUCGUUUAGUAUGUUUAUUAAGUGAUUUGAAUAAUGGGGACACUAGAAAUGUCUUCAUAAACAACAUUUAUAGCAUAAUACCCUUGUAAUUACCAGUUUAUAACCUAAAACAAAAUGUCCUCGUAAACCACUUAAACCUGCCCACACACACACACACACACACACACACACACACACACACACACACAUACACUCACACACACACAAACAUACACACACACACAAACAUACACACACACACACAAACACACACACACACACACACAUACACACACACAAACACACACACAUACAUAUAUAUAUAUAUAUAUAUAAGCUUAAUUUAAAUGCAGUAUAGACUGAACAAAGUAGCAUUUGAUUUUUUUCAGAUAUGAUUAUGAUUUGGUUUUAUACAUUUUUUAUUGCAUUUCAUGAUGAUGGAGAACAGUAUUUUAAACUUGCUGUACGGCAGCAAUGAAAUGUGUACAGAUCUCUUCUAUUGCUUUUCAUUCAUUUGUAAAGUAUUUAACAUAUUAGCCUACAUAUUAGAAGCUUUAAACUUGUGUGACCCCAUGUCCACAUGCGUGUGCGUUGUAUUUUGGCUUUGCUAUAAUUUAAAUUCAUUUAAACCAACUGAUCUCAGUUCAGAACACUCUGUGCUGUCAGUAAAGGGUUAAACUUUCAACGUACCGAGUCAUGUGACAAAACAACAUGGCGCUGAUCACAGCGGAGUUUGUCUUUGGGAGAAACAGCAACAAAACUACAUCUGGUAAGAAACCUCAUUAAGAUUUUACAUUGAAACCUGUUUGAGUCAAAAGAUCAGAGUCUCUAGUUUCAUACGAUAUUACAUUCUUAAAUUUGAGUGAUUUAUCGUGAAACGGCACUUUGUUAAACACGAUGACCACUAUAGUAGACAACAGCGCUAGCUUUUCAUUAAUCCUAGAUUUACUGUGCACUUUCACAUUGAGAAAAUAAAUGUACUUUCAGAGGCUUUAUAUGGAGUUAUGAUGAAAAUAAGGUACAUUUCAAACUGUUCUGAGACCAGUGCAGACAGACAGCACACUGGAGGUUAAGUCAUUCACUAAAUAGGGAGCAAGGGAGCAUCCUAUAGCUCUCUAUGCAGUUAAGUGCAUUCACUCCUAAAAUCUGAUCAAAAGUUCAGUUUCAGGCUACAGAUGAUGUUUGGAUCACUCAACAUGUUUGACAGACAUGUGACAAUGAUAAUCAGUACAUAGAUUCAGAAUUUAUAAUGUAUCAUUUUAUUUUAACAUGGUUGACAGUGAUUGGAUGAUGCUGGACAUUACUUUGAAUCAGAAUUAAUUAUGCAAUUUCUGAUUGGUAAAAUGCUUCAGCGCUGGUUGUCACUUGUUUGAUUGACAGUGCAAAGAGAGAACAUUGAGAUUGUGCUGCCAAAGUAGAAAAAAAAACCUUGUAACAUAAAAGUCAGAUCAAGUCAAAUCAUUUUUAUUUGUGUUUUCUAUUUGUGCUUUUCCCAAUACACAUUGUUCCAAAGCAGCUUUACAGAAAAACAGCUGUAACGUCUAUAACGUCUCAAAAACAUGAAUAAUCAACACACCUGGAAACAUAAACAAUAUGAUUUUAAAAAUCGGACUUUCUAUAGCUUGGUAUAAUUUCAAAUUUCACAACUUAGUCCCGCUGUCCACAUAUGAGGACAUACAUUUUAAGGAAAACUAUUUGCUUUAGAAAAAAAAGUUUUUUGUUUUUUAUUUUUUGCAUGUUUAUAUGGUGUUACUUCCCUACAGAUCAAAAAGGGAAAUGGAAAAUGCACACAGCAUUCGUGCUCGGGUCUCGGGAGGUUAAACAAAGAGGUUUAUACAUCAAGGUUUUAAAAAUUAUGAAUUAAUUUGAACAUUUUCCUGUAGUGUUACUUGAUUAAUGUUGACAAUCUUUAGUUGUCUUUUUUAAACAGGUGUUAAUAAACAGUGUUUAUUGACGACAAUGAACUGCCUCUAAUCUCUAAAAAUGAAGCAGAAUUCUCACAGCACACACGUUUGGUCGGUUUCCAUUGUUCAUUUUGGUCAGUAUAUGUAAUGUAACUAUGAAAGUUGUUUUAGUAUUAUUAAAUAUGUUUAAAGCUGAAGUGUGUCAUUUCUGCACCACUUGUUUCAACCUAACAGAACUGCAAAAUUUCAAACAGCUUUUCGAAUACACCCUUCGUCUGCCAUUGGUCGAACAAACAGAUAGUCCCGCCCCCAACUCACACCAUUGGUUGAGCUGGUUUUGCUGCGUUGGGCUGGACGGGUUGCUCAUACAAACAAAACAAUAUUGAAAGUGCUGUAGACACAGUGUAUACACACUUCGGGAAUUAUCAGCCUACGAAUGGUUUAUGUGUAGUCUCUAUUAAGCUGGGACAGGAGACAGUAAUUUAACAUCGAAAAAACUACACACAUCAGCUUGGAAUAAUAUUGAGAGAUAUAAUGUUCUGUAAAUGUGGCAUCUGAACACAGUCCAUGCACUGAAACACAGUGCAACUCAUAUCCAGGUAAUAC